AUGAAAGCUCUUGUCCUUCGCGCCGAGGAGCGAACGGCUAGAAUCGAGGAUAUCGCACCUCCCGUCCCUUCCAGCAACGAGAUCCUCGUCGAAGUCAAAGCCAUCGCUCUAAAUCCAAUCGACCCUCUCUACGUACGCCACCCGCUCGGAAAGACCGGCCGUACUAUAGGGAGCGACUUCGCCGGUAUUGUUCUCUCCACAGGCUCCUCCGUUCCUGCAAGCAGCGGCCUCAAAUCCGGAUCUCGCAUAGCUGGAUUCCUACAGGGAGCCUGCAGUGUCAACGACCGGCCAGGCGCAUUCGCCGAGCUCGCAACAAUAGACUGGGACCUCGUCUGGCACGUACCAGAUACUGUGUCAUUCGAAGAAGCGUGCGGAGUGAGCUUGGUCAGUUUGACAGCUGCGCAGGGGCUGUGGUUUCGGCUGGGGUUACCCGCGCCGUUCGGGUACGACAAAGUGGGAGCGUUGGAGGAGCAUCCGGCUUGGACCUGGCUCGGGGAAGGUCAACUGCAGCUACCUGAGACGAUCGACUUCUUCAUCUAUGGCGCUUCGACGUCUGUGGGGCUGUACGCAGCGCAAAUGAUUCGUAUAAGUGCUGAUCUUACGGGGAAGAAGGUCAGGCUGUUUGGCGCAGCAAGUAAAGCUCGGUGGGAGAAGUUGAAAGCUAUGCCCUUUGGCUACGAUCAUCUUGUCGAUUAUCAUGACGAGGACUGGCCGGAACACAUCCGAAAGCUGACAGAAAAUGCCGGAGUGCACUUCGCGUAUGACUGUAUUUCCGAGGGAAGUUCUGUCGAGACAGUGUCUUCUACCUUGACUAGCAACGGCAAAAAUGCGGUCGUCCGCUCACGGGCUGGCGGUGCAUGGCAGGCCGGAAUGCUCCCUUUUGAGCCUAUAUAUGGCGCGGUCUGGGAGGGAUUGGGAGAAGAGGUGCAGUAUCAAGGCUUCGUGGUGGAGCGAUCACCAGCUGCUCGAGAUUUCGCAGUUGCGUUCUACAAAUGGCUUGGUCAGGCAAUUGGGUCCUCGUUGAGGCUAGUUCCGAUCAGGAGGAUGCCUGGAGGUCUCUCGAAGGUCGUGGAAGACGGGUUCAUGCUGCUUGGUAGCGGGAGCAUGGGCGACAGGAAGAUGGAGAGAAGUGAAGAGUGGAUGAGGCCGCUGAGUGCGGAGAAGCUGGUGUACUCCCUAUGA